UCAAGCUAGUUAAUCCUCAUGAUGUCUCUCCCCACAAUAAUAUUACAAAGGAAGCCCUUGAAAAUCAAGCAAAAAUGCUUUCGAAUCAAUUUCGAGAAAGGGGAGUAGCGAAGGAUACUUUAUUUCUCGCUCCUUACUGCCAAAGGGGACACUGGAUGCUUAUUAUGGUUAAUCCCGUUGCUCUAAAAAUAUGGUAUCUCGAUCCCCUUAAUGGAGAGCCAAGCAACAGGGAAGAUAUGGUGGUACUUUUUAAUGAAGCUGUGGUGUUGUAUCGCACUGCGACUGACAUGACUGUAUCCCCUAAGAUGAGGGCAUUCGAAUCUUCAGAGAAAUGGGUCACUGUUAAGUGUCCAUUCCAGCCAGAUCAGAGCAAUGAUUGUGGUUAUUGCUUGAUGAAGUUCAUGAAGGACAUUAUCACUCAUGCCCCUACCACAUUAUCUAACAAGUACUUCGAGGACGUCUAUUGCGUUCGUUAUUCGACUGCACAUGUAGAAGAGGUCCUUGAAGAGGUGGCCCAAUGUGUUUUCAAUAUGUGGGUAGCAACAGUGGUUAGGCCGAUACAAUAGUUAGUUACAUUUAUAUACACAUUUUUGGGCCAAUUUUUAUG